AUGUCUUUGAAGAACUCGCUUAUUUUUGUAUUGGUGGUGUGCUUCUGUGUCUGGCUAGUGGAGGCUCACGAACCUGCUUCCCAUCUUCAAAUUAUUAGGGAUCUCCCUAAUUCAAUGAGGAAAGAUAUACCGAUUCCCAUGUUCAUCCGAAGCAACUAUAAGGGAGCAGUGCAUUUUCAGGAAGGCGAUGAAUUUGAAGUACUCAUCAACAUCACGGCUCCAACUGUUGAAGAUGCUUACGCAGUCCAUGUUGAAAUGGUCGAGUAUAAGGAAGGAGUCCUACUCCAGCUGUACCAAAGACCUCUAGAUGGACACAUCCCAGGCCUUAAAUGGGUCUUUUUAACGGUUGGCAUUUCAACUCUGAUCUCCUUUUUCUUUGCGUUAAUUUGUGCCAACUCCUGGAACAAAUCGCAAGGUUUUAUGGAUGUCAGUGGCCAGCCAAUGGAGUGCUAUGACAUGACUCAACAGCCGAUGAUGUAUAGAUCACGCAACAGCAUGUACCUGGCAUCACAGGGUGGUGAUAUGCCACUUCAUGCUGAGGAAGAAGCUGAUAACAAUCAAAAUGAGGACACAUUGAAAGGUGUUCCAGAGAUGCCCGAAGAAGAAGAAGCUGAGGCUCUAAGAAUGGGUGGACGAUUGAUCUUGCUUCAUGCAGAAGACGACGAAGUGGAUAUCUACCAGAAUGAAGAUACAUUAAAAGGGGUGCCUGAAAUGCCAGACCAGGAGGAGGCUGAUACACUUAGAAUGUGCAGGUGUAUGCAAGAAGUCAUUGCCAUGGAGGAACUGAAAAAGUCUGGUGCUUUUGAAGCAACAAGAGAUUUAUCUGAUGACAGCGGUGGAGAGAGAGAUGAGGAAGAGACUGAAUUUAUGAAGAGUGAAUAUGCCACUUUGCCAGUGAGAGUCGAUCUGGCCUGGCCGGAGAGGAAGGGAAAUGGAGAUGAAGGUGUUGAACAAUCUGAACUAUCUGAAGGCAGUUCAAAGAAUUCUAUAAUUGAUCCAUCUGCAAGUAGUCCCAUGAAAACAUCACUAUCAUUUAGAUCCAAAGAUUUUCGAAAAUAUCAGGGAAGCCAGGGUAAAAGUGAACCCAAGUUGAUUAAUGUUCCCUCACCUUCCCAAAGCGAAUUUCAAGAUUUUCAGUCUGCAGCUAGUGAUGAAAGUAGAAUUCUUGUAACUGCUGCUGAGAUUCACAGCAAAGAUGCUACCAAGCAACAAUUCAAAGCUGGUGCGGCUCAAGAGGCGAGUGACGCCUUUGUCAAUGUCUUAGUGAAGACCUCUCCUAUAGAAACGCCGAGCUUUAGCCCCCAAGGAAACAUCCCACUGGCUGAUGAUUUAACAACUGUCUCUGACAACGGCCAGUCAACCGCUUUUCGAAGUGGAAGUGAGUGUAUCUUUGAGAAUGAUGCUCAAAAAGUGUUUCUAGGGACCACUGAUACCUCAGCGGAGGUUGACCCCUGUCUCGAAGAAGCCUCACAAAUCUUUCCAAUGCCUAACCUCGAGGAGGUGCAACCUGCUUCAUCUAUUACGUCUUCUGCUGAUUCCAAGGCAGCCUGGUUUUCAGCGAGUGUGACAGCGCCUGGUCAGCCGCGCUUGGCCACUUUCCGCCCUGUCUCUCCAAGGGCUGCAUCCCCGGGAAAGCUUGGGAGUCCAAUGACGCCCGACUCGGGAGAUGAAACCAAUGGACGCUCACAGUCUAAUCAGUCUACCCCCAAACGCAGCAAAACCCUCUUGGGUGUGGCGCCACCUCAAGUUCCCCAAAAAUAUCACACUCUCAAAGAAGGGAAGAGUGCAGAGAGUCCUAAAGAUGAACAACCAGGACAAGGACCAGGAAGUAGUGGAACGGUUGGCAGGAAACCGUCCCCUGGAUCGAAACAUAUGUACCUGGCCAUAAUGUCAUGUAUGUGUCUACUCAGUCUCACUGUUGGUGUGUACAGCUAUGGAAAUGAAAUCACGGAAACAGAAGUUAUUGUCACAGUAUCAACCCCCAAAAACUUCCUUCUGAACGAUUCAGCAAUCUUCUUCAGUAUGAAUAAAACUGGUGACCUGAAAAUAUUUGAGCUACCCUUAAAAGUUACUUGGUUUGAGGUGAAGAAUCCAAUUUUACGCAGUUACAAUUCAGAUAUGUGUGAGUCACGAUGGUGUGAGCAAGGCUGUGAUGAAAACACAGGAAGAUGUAUAUGCCGUAAAGGCUACAAGUUAGAUGUUAAUGAGAAAUGCUCUGAUGUGAAUGAAUGUCUUGAAGGCCUUGCUCAGUGUCACCAAUACGCUGGCUGUCACAAUGAAAAAGGAAGUUAUCAGUGUGUAUGCACUGGUCACUAUUUUGGAGAUGGAAAACGUUGUAAAGAAUGUUCGGCUCCAUGCGAAAAAGGGAUGUUUGAAGUGCAGCCAUGUUCAGAAAAAGAACAAAAAAUUUGCAAAGAAUGUACCAAGGACUGCGGAAAGGGCUAUUACAUGCAUCGUCAGUGCGGACCUACAUUCGAUGCUAAAUGCAGAAUGUGUGUACCCAAAUGCCAACCUCACCAGUAUGAAUACAGCAAGUGUACGGGUCCCCAGAAUCGCAUCUGCAGAGAUAAAACUGAACUGCCCGCAAUCCAGACAUCUAGCAAUGUUCUGAAAGAGGACCGCAGCAAAGUGAAGGAUGUUGAACAUGAUGUGCGAUACCUGCCUGACAUGGAAUGGAAAUAUGAGAAUACAUUUAAUCUUCAAAGAGGAUCCAAUAUGGCAGCCAAGAUUGAAGUCGUCAAGUUGGACCCUGUGCAUAAGUUCAUCCCAGUUGAUCAUUCCAGUGUUAAUGAUAAUCAGGCUUUCUAUGACCGCAGCAUCCUUCACAAAUACUGCCCAUACCCCAUGCCUGCCUAUUAUCAGCUGGAGUAUGUGGUACAUAAAGAUGUCACCUAUGAAAUGGACCGAGGUGUAAAUACGAAUGACCAGCUCCUUCCAUGUCGUGGAUACCAACCACAUGGGCGCUUCCCGGACUUACGCCAACCUGAUCGCAGCUCUCUCCUAUGUGCCAAAAUUGGGCCUCUGGCAAAAAUGUUUGGCAUUGAGGAAGAACUAACAGAAAUGACGACAGUCCGAGUUGAGAAGUCCAUUAGGUGUGAACGAAUGAACGUGGCUUGUGAGAACUGUACUAAGAUGUGUGCAUGGCAGCCUCCGAUUCAGAAGGAAGACUGCAAAGUGAUCGGAGAUGAUGCAGAUAAUGGUUGGUCCCCUCGUCUGCGCGUCUGCUACACUUGCUGCCUCCACACCAAGUGUUCAUCCAUCUGUGACCGCUAUUAUAGUAGUCCUUGCAGACCAAAAGUGUGCCUGAAAGGCAGCGUGCUGGAGUUCAUUCUGAAGCCGGUGUUCACGGAGACAAUGUACUGCCAUGUACAACCUGCCGCCCAAAGGACUCUUCUUGAGGUGGAUUUCACAAUCACCUAUGAUGAAAGACGAUUACACAAGGAAACAUUUCAAAUAGGAGCAGAACCUGAGUGGCUAAGGGAUGGAUCAAUGAACAACAUUGAAUAUAAAUUUUUACAAAUAGAUAUAAGUUCUGGAAUUGAAAAAAUGCCUGACGUGGUGGCGAUGGAUCAGACAACAAAAAGCUUAAAGGCUGGGUUACACCGCAAAUCAGGACACAAUUUGGCGGGCUCUGUGGUACAAGGGGAUAAACUUUUUAUCCAUCCACAGGAAAUAUUUGGAGUCAGCCUCCAAAACUGGGCUUUGCAGAAUUGUAGUCGUGACAUCCUGGAGAAGUUGAUGAUGGUAUCAGAAAAGGAUGAACCCUACAUUGAAAUGUCUGAUGUUCUCACCUCCCAUAUGCGUGAAAUUACCUACAUGAUUGUUAAUAACAGUGUCACGCCCAAGGCUGUUUUCCGUGUCCCACGUACAAUGUCGUUACUGCAGUGGGUUGCUCCUUAUGGAAGAAUCAAACACGACUCCAUAAUUGGUUCCAUUCAGCAUUCCUCUUCAAGAUGGGUGGUCAUGCUUGAGGGAAAUCUUGAAGCUUGCCCAGGAUUCUUUUCUGUGAAUCUCACUGACACCACUUACUAUGACCAGCCACUGUUCCAAUAUGAUUUAUUGGUAGAAUGUCCGCCCACAUUCCAGUUGACCUUCAGUAUUCCAACUUCAGAUGCUGCCAAUGUGGAGAAAGCAUUUACUGCCUCCAUCAGGGAUGCAAAUGUCACUUAUCACCUAACCAUUCACAGGCCUCCCCAGGAUUUGCCCCAGGAACAACCACUGACUCCUGAAGAAGAAACUCCAGUUGUUGACGAAGAUGGAUAUGAUCAGAAAAAGCCAUUCUUCUCCAGCAGUGGUAGUUUCUUCAUCCCCUUCAUCGCUUCCAUCUGUGGCGCCAUCAUUAUACUUUUGUCUAUUGCUGGCUUUGGGAUUGUUGCCAAGCAAGGCUGCAUUGAUGCAAACGAGGUGUCCUUAUUUAACCAGAGACAUCUUAUGGUUUCUGUUGUCUACUUCUCAUGUCAAGUCUUCUACUCUACAUUGGUGACUCUCACCUCCUUCAUGGUUAUAAUCUAUGCCAUCAACAAAGAUCCUCUCACCUUCCUGAGUCAGUACGAUCAACUGUCUAUAGUCAAGUCCAGUCUGACUAAACUAGAGAUGAGUACAAUGAAACUAUACUUGCAAACCGAGCUGGAACGUCAGCAUGCAGUCGCUAAUCAGACAAAGGGUGUUUGUGAGGAACAAAUGAUGAAAGUAGCACAAGGUCUCAAUGAGUUGAAGGGGAAUUUGACCAAAGAAGCCAAGGAAGUGAUGUCGCAGGAGAACUUAAGUAACUUGAUCAGGAAUCAUACACGUCGUGUUUUAGAUGAAUUUUUAGAAAAGAUUAUUGUGUACAGGGACCGGCUAAACAAUUAUGUGAAUAUUAUACAAAAACGACUCCAAUUUGAUGUACGGCAGACAUAUAACAGUGUGAUGGAAAAUCGCUGGUUGACCGGGGCCAAACAUUUACACUCAGAUAUCCAGCAAAAACGACAAGUCCUACAUUCAAGUCCUCUUCCAACACGUCCAUAUGCUGAAUGGAUGCAAAUAGAACCCAACAUUUCUAAUCUGGCACAAGGAUUAAUGUUAUCUGUCCCAAAGCUACCUCGUUUUGAUGAGGUAUUCAAAGAAAAAACCACUCCCAUCACAGGUUUCCCUGAGGCUAUUGUAAAUAAGUCUGAGCCAACCAACUACACACGCAAUCUAUGGUUUUAUACUGAGCGCAAACAUUCAGUGGGCCACCGUAACAUGACUGACUUUAUUGAGAACUCUUCUAAAAAGUCCAGCAGUAACCAGAUAUUUUAUACAUUUGUUGGAAUUAUGGUAAUAAUUGAUGUCAUGUGGUUUCUACAUCGGAUGGUGAAUAUCAUGAGAACAACCCGUCUCUUGCUGUAUGGUUAUCCAGUCUAUGUUGAUUGCAGAGAAGGAAAAGACCGAGGCUUACCAUCUGUUGACAAUGCCCAUCGAAAGCCCAGCACCUGCUGCAAGUCUACAAAAAAACGAUGUUGUCAUGCUGUAAGCAAAUUCAUUACCAAGAUCCUUAAAACAAUGUUUGUUCCAAAGAUGAUAAUUAGUCUUUUGAUGUUGCUGUUUAUCUACCUGACGUCAGCAUUUAGUGAGAAACUUUUUCGUAGAGAGUCCUUCCAAGCUCUUGGCUAUUAUACAGAUAUAACAAGCCUUCUGGAAUUAAGCCGUGCAGAUAUCAACAGCCGUAUCCGCAUGCAUGCCACUCAGAUCAAUGCCAUGGAGUACCCUAUGUUAGAAGCAUGGAUGAACUCAUAUCUAAAGAGGCAUUUGCAUCUUCAUGAUGUCUACCAGAAUUCUGUAAGGAAACUCUCCAAGACGCAUAGCAUCACAUACUGCGAAUAUUUACAGCGCUAUUUGCCUGAUGCUAAGUGUACUGUCAGAGAUUUAGCAGAUUUCAAAGUUGAAGUGAAAGGAUGUAAAUUUCCACCUAUUGAACCAAAACCUUAUAAAAAAAUUGAUGAACAGCAUUCUCGUGUUGCCGCUCGACAAAUGGACAGUUUCCUGUAUGCUGUUCGGAAAAUGAUUUCUGAUUCCUGUUUUGUGGUUUUACUCUACAUGUCGUUUAUCAUUCUCUGGGAUUUGACCAGCACAGUUAUUUGGCUUUAUGCAAAACGAGCUGGUUGGAUCCGUCUGAGAGUUAUUUGUGAAACAGAUGAAAGACCAAUGGUACUACAAGUUUGGAGUUUGACAAGUUACUCCAAGAUAUAUGCCUUCACCAAGUACAAAAAAGGUUAG